CCGUGCAAUAGGAAGCUUACAAAACUCAAAUGGUGUGAAGAAAUGAAAACCUCGUUUGGGCUGAAAUCCAACCCUCUCCGGCUGGGCCCACCCCAACUCUGACGAGAUCUCAUCCUUCCACUCAUCUCCCACCGUUGAUCUCCGCCGCCGUCGCCACACAGCACCUCUCCGCCGUUGGUGGCAUAGCGGAAGAAGAUGUGGGAAAACUUGGAUAGAUAGAAACUCAGACCCACAUCUGAGGACUCAGAAGUCAUACUGCUGCCGGAGCUCUUUAGUGGGUGGAGUAGGUCAUUUGAUUACACACAGACCCUGUGAAGAAACAAGCAGAAAGAAUGAUGCUUGAAAACCCUACAGCAGCAGCACAAGCACAACCAGCGACAACAGAUUCUGCAACGGUUAUAAAGCGCUAUGCUCAUCCGAAUCAGAGGAAUCGCCUCAACAGGCGCAAAUCCACAGAUCGGUUUGACCGUGCGACCAAUGUUCAUGGGAAUGAUGCAGACAAGAGUCAAGUUUCUGCCCCAAGAAAUGUUCCUGUUGUAGAUCAUGGGGAUGCAGGAGCCAGCAGUCUUAUAAAUGAAAAUGCUCACACAGGGAUUAUAGCUUUAGAGGGGUGUUCCGUUAGUGGGGCUUCUCAGCUCUUGAAUGAUCGUUGGGCAGCUGCAAUACAGUGCUCCAGCAAUGCGUCGAUUGAUCCAUCAGAAAGACCGGUCAUGUACUCGGAUAAAGCUCCAGCAUGGGGUGGCCAAUUCAGACUUCCUCACCAGUUUAUGUCUCCGGCCGGUGGCGUUUCAUCUCCUGGCUCACAAAUGGACUUCUUGGGCGAACUACGCCGCGCAAUGUCCAAGUGAAGUGCCAGUUUCGACUCCUAAGAUACACGUCUUUUAUCAUAAUAAACUUUAUUUAUAUUUGGAUCUAUAUAUUAUCCGAGUACUGUGGAUGUAUUACGGAUAAUUUAUGUAUGGAUAGAUUAACAAAAAUAUGUUGACAAAGUAAAGUAUUUUUAGACUGCAGUAUUUGUUUUAUGAGCUGUUCUAA